CUUAAAAGAACGGGAUUAAGUGAUUGACACGAUACACGCGCUGAUGCAGCAGCCCCGUGGGACAGUUCUUCUUAGCGUGUGAAGCCCCGGGUUCGAUUCAGGGAAGGAAAGCAAAGACCAAUAAACCAACAACAGAAACAAAAUAACCCAUAAAGCAGUCGUCAGAAAAGAAAAGGGCAAGGGUAAGAAUAAAGAAGGAAAUUCUUGAGCAACAGAGGCCGGAGGUGAGAUGAUCCUGUGGCUAGCUAUAGGACUGAACUUUCUGCUCCGAUGACACCAACAGCUCUCACAUGGAAUCCAGGAUAUUGUCCUGGCACUGGAUUAGAAGUUCACCUGGAGGUAGACGUGACUGAAGCCUUGUCCUACCCCCAUGUUCUGGCAUUUUGGGCCUCCCUCAACCUGCUUUCAAAUGUUUGACUUUAAUUUUGUCAUACCCUGCAGCAGGAAUUGCUCGUCAAUGAAUAGAGCCCUUGCUCCCACUUACAUGAGGCCGCAGGGCAUCAACAGUUUCUGAGUUCAUUGUUCGGGCUUUGCCACUCGGGAAGAUUUUUGCUAACAUGUAUUUGGUGAGGGACGUGGUGAAAGUGGGGGUGUAAGUUUGGACCCAGCAGCUCAGGUUACGAAAACCAAUGGCAGGAAAGUGGCAUUUCUUCCGAUACAUCGGUUGAGGGUGUGCCACUGUGUGCCAGACAUGGGAAUGCAUCGGUGUGAUGUGACUCAGCCGAUCCUCUUGAAGACUCAAAUAAGGAAAAACAUCACCUGUGCAUUCUGGUGACGCUGCUCAGGACAAGACGGUGAUAUUUGAGGGGCUCAACCCAAAGGGCUUCCUAUGGGAAGUGGAGUGCAAUGGCUCUCUCAUGCGAAGCUUUCUAUAGAUGAUUCAUGGAAGCUGCCGCCGGAAAGCAUGUACAAGUUGCAUCGGGGCCACGAGUCCAUGCACUUGGAGAUGAUCCUAAUCUUCUUCGCCGCCCUGUUCGCCGCCCAGGUGGUGCUGGUGCAGUGGAGGCAGAGGCAUGGCCGCUCCUACAACCUGGUGACCUUGUUGCAGAUGUGGUUCGUCCCUUUGUAUUUCACAAUAAAGCUUUACUGGUGGCGGUUCCUGUCUCUUUGGGGAAUGUUCUCCAUUGUCACCAGCUACGUCCUCUUCAGAGCAACUCGCAGACCUCUCUCAGGAAAAACGCCACGGUUGGUCUACAAAUGGUUUCUUCUCAUCUACAAACUCAGCUAUGCGUUUGGUGUGGUGGGCUAUUUGGCGAUCAUGUUUACAAUGUGUGGAUUCAAUUUAAUUUUCAAAAUCAAAGCCAGAGAUUCCAUGGACUUUGGCAUCGUGUCCCUGUUCUAUGGCCUCUACUACGGAAUAAUGGGGAGAGACUUCGCUGAGCUCUGCUCUGAUUACAUGGCUUCGACCAUAGGGUUCUACAGCGACAGUGGGAUGCCCACCAGGAUACUGUCAGACGAUAUCUGUGCCAUCUGUGGGCAGAAGAUCCUUGUGGACGUUGAUGAAGAAGGACUCAUUGAAAACACCUACCAGCUGUCAUGCAGUCACAUCUUUCACGAGUUCUGCAUCCGAGGCUGGUGCAUCGUUGGGAAAAAGCAGACGUGCCCUUACUGCAGAGAGAAGGUGGAUUUGAAGAGAAUGAUCAGCAACCCCUGGGAGCGCACGCACGUGCUGUACGCGAAGAUCCUCGACUGGCUUCGCUACUUGGUGGCCUGGCAGCCCGUGGUGAUAGGAAUCGUUCAAGGCAUCAACUAUUCCCUAGGGCUGGAGUAGAUCCACAGGCUCACUCAAGAGCCACGCUCCGCCUGAGGGAAACAUUUCCAAGCCUUUGGUCCUAUGUUCAGUAUUGGUGUGCGUGUGUGUAUGUAUGUGUAUAUGUGCGGAUUUUAUUUUCAAUUUUAGACAUAACCCCGAGUCCAGAAAACUAAACAAAAACGUGAUGUUACGUUUAAUUUAUGUCUGUGUAAAGAAUUAAAGAGAAGCAGAACCACG